GCCCUCCCCUGAGGGCGGCGGCGGCGGGCGGAGCCGCGGCCGUGGCGGGCGCCGCGCGGGAGGGGGCGGGCGCCAUGGCUGACAGCGGAGAGACCCCGGCGGCUCCGGCCGCGGCCCCUCCGGGCUCGCCGGCGCAGAAGCGGCGGCCGGGCGGCUCCCCCGGCGGCGGGGCGGAGGGCGCGGCGGCCAUGCCGCGGCUGCCGCUGGGCGGCCCGGGUGGGGCGGCGGGGGUGUCGCUGCCGCGGCUGGAGAAGCCGAUCAAGCAGGCCUUCUACAACACCGGCGCGCUGCUGUUCGCGGGGCUGUGCUGCGGCGCCGCCGUCCUGGUCUACUUCAUCCUGGAGGCCUUCCUGCGGCCGCUGCUCUGGGCUGUGCUCUGCGGCACCUUCCUGCACCCCUUCAAGAGCUCCCUGACGGCGCUGGGCCGCCGCUGGCUCGGCCGCCUGCACCGCUCCCGCACGCCCGUCCUGCUGGCCGCCCUCCUCCUCCCCAUCUGCUUCGCCAACUACGGGGUGGAGGCGCUGGGCGAGCAGGUGCUGCGGCGGCGGCGGCUCCUGCUGCUGCUGGGCGCCGGGGGGCCGCUGCUCUACGGGCUCUACUGCCUGGGAAGCUCCCUGGGCGUGCAGGUGCUGCUGGCCCAGGCCGCCCGCCUCAUCUGCCAGGGGCUGGACUACUUCAGCAGUCAGUGGAUCUGGACGUUGGUGGUUGGUUACCUGUUGAUGGUUUCAUUCAAGUGGAAUAUAAGCACUGAACGUUACUUAAAAGCAAUCUCUGUCCCUGUCUGGAUUAUGCUGCUCUUUCAUUUAGCUUCUGUGGCAGGUUCCUGGAGAAUUCCCGUGUUUCUGGUUGUAGUUGUUCUGAUGACCGUAGGCAUGUUGCAUGAACAGCAGAAUGGAAAGGAGUCUUCUGGGGCAGAGCUUCCUGGUCAGAUGAUUUCCAUUGCAGCUUCGACAAUUGCCAUGGCAAUUUCAAUGACAGAAGAUGAGUCCAAUAAUGAACGUUCCUCACAACCCUCAGGAGCAACAGAAGGUGAUCAGCCUCCACAUGCUUCAUCAUCUUUCUCAUCCUCUUCAUCCUCUUCUGGAAGCAGACAAAGACCUGAGAUUGGAUCUUUUCUUAGAAAAAAGAAAACUAGUGAUAUUUACUUCGUUACACUUGUGUGGGCCAUUGUCAUUGUCCAGAUCUGGCUAAAUUUCUGGAUUGUGCAGCUGUUGCCAGUGCCUUUUGCAGUUUGGGCAGUUAAAAAACUUGUGGUUCAUUUUGGAGUUUUGAACUUCAUGGCAAACCAUUGCAAAAGUUGGUGGCAACUUGUUGAAAAUUUUGUGAAGGAACGUCAGGAAGCUCUUGCUCCACGGCCCAUCAGAGGGCUUGGAAGAGUCGUGCUAAAGCUUGACAGUAAGCUGUGGCACUGGCUUAAUAAGAAGAUCAUCGUGUGGUUGGAGAAAAUGCUAGAUAAAAUAAUCAGCAUUUUCAUAAUAUUUUUGCUAGUGAUAGGAACCCUUCUGCUAGCUCUGCUCCUUACUGCAAAGGUGCAUCAAGAGAGUGUUCACAUGAUUCAAGUCACAAGCAGCUUGAUCAAUGAGACAGUAGCCAGUCACCCAGAAUGGGCAAACUGGCUCCCAGAAGCCCAGGUUAUUCAGAAAGCACUCAAUUCAGCAGCUAAUAAUGUAUACCAAUACGGCCGAGAAUGGAUUACACAUAAGCUCCAUAAGAUUUUAGGAGAAAAAGUGAAUAACACCGCUGUGAUAGAAAAACAAGUGCUAGAGCUCUGGGACAGGCUUUAUCACUCUUGGUUUGUGAAGAAUGUAACGCAUUCUGGAAGACACAAAGGACACAAAUUGCAUACAAACCGUCAAAACAGCUGGCUUGGUGAUAUUCUGGACUGGCAAGAUGUUGCAUCAUUUGUUCACGAUAACAUUGAAACAUUUCUUUCGAUCCUGGAGUCUCUGUGGAUCGUGAUGAGUCGCAAUGUGAGCCUCUUGUUUACUACAGUUACAACAUUAGUGACAAUCCUCUUCCAUAGUGGGACAGCUCUUCUCAAUUUUGUGCUUUCAGUGGUGAUUUUUCUGACCACGCUGUUCUACCUGUUGAGUUCCAGUGAUGAGUAUUACAAGCCAGUAAAAUGGGUCAUAAGCCUGACACCUUUGUCUCAGCCAGGUCCCUCCUCCAAUAUAGUUGGCCAAUCUGUGGAGGAAGCAAUAAGAGGUGUGUUUGAUGCUUCCCUCAAAAUGGCUGGGUUCUAUGGACUCUACACUUGGCUGACUCACACUAUAUUUGGGAUUAACAUAGUCUUCAUACCAUCUGCAUUAGCAGCAAUCCUUGGAGCAGUGCCAUUUCUGGGAACGUACUGGGCAGCCAUCCCUGCAGUCCUAGAUUUGUGGCUUGUGCAAGGGCAGGGCUGCAAAGCCAUUUUGCUGUUGGUUUUUCAUCUCUUGCCAACCUAUUUUGUAGAUACGGCAAUUUAUUCAGAUAUAUCAGGAGGUGGUCAUCCUUACCUGACAGGUCUUGCAGUAGCUGGUGGAGCAUAUUACCUGGGACUGGAAGGAGCCAUCAUAGGACCAAUUCUACUUUGUAUACUGGUGGUUGCUUCCAACAUAUAUAGUGCCAUGUUGGUGAGUCCAACAAACUCAGUGCCCACUCCAUCACAAGCAGCGUGGCCAUUACAGAUUUAUCGGUCAUCUAGAGAGAGUCCUGAGGAGACGAAAAUGUCUGCAGAAUGAUGAAGGUGCCGUGCUGCACCUGUUCAACAUGAGAAAAUUGCUAUCUUCUGUCGAGUUCACAACAGCCAUGGCCUUCUGUCCCUUUCCAGCUGUGCCUAGGGGCAGCUCACAGUGAAGCAUAGCUUGGGUUUUAGGAGAAACCACUUCUCCAACAUCUGCUGGCCUUACAUUAUUGUGCACUUUGCCUCUUCAGGACACGAUGUCUACUUCCCAUGGCUUUGCAUACUAACACACGGUUCAGCUGCCUUGUUGAAGACCUUGAAGAACUUCUGUCCUCAUAAAAAGAUUAAUUAAGAGGACAGGUAUAUCCACUGGAGUCAUUAUCUUCUGAAAUUACUAACUUGGAUUUUAUCUAUUGGGUUGUGUUAUUCAAUUGUAGUAGCUUUAAAGAAAGCUAAUUCCAAAAUAUUUGUUCUCCGUUAAUCUGGUGGCAAGAAGGGUGUAAACCACUCACUGUUAAAUGAAAGUAGACUGUAACUAUUUGCUGCUCCUCAAAGUAUUUCUUUAGAGGCUUUGACCAUCAUCUGUAACUCGUAAUAACACGUAAGACUCUUACAUGCACUGAAAUUUAAUGUUGUUGGAGACUGGUAUUUCUAGUAAAUUCCUGAAAUUAGUAGACAUGCAGAUUGUUAAAUGAGGGUUUUCCUCAUAUUGAGAUAGGAGGCCUUGUCUAAAUAGUUUAAAUCGUGCUCUCAUUUGCAGUGAAAUCUGAUAGUGUUUUGCUGUUUACCCACCGUCCUAGUGGAGUCAUCUUGUCAACUAAAUUUAAUCAAAGGCCUUAAGUGUUUUCAGGCAGAGGUAAUGCAUGAUUGUCAUGUCUGCUUCCAGUAAUAGGAAGAAUUUGAAUGGGGAUUGUUUAAUGUUGGCUUUCAAAUGCUGUGGCUGAGUUAAGUUAACUUUUCAAACAAAUUUAUUUCUGAAAAGGAAGGGGAGAGAGCAUGGGUUUUGCUUUAUUUUAGUUUGUUUUUUUUUUUCUCUGUAAGCCUCUGGCCAAAUAUCAUAAGAAGAUGUAUCUUACAUAUCUUAAUAUACUAAGAUAUAUCUUAAUAUAAUAAACGGAGUUCUUAAAUUCCUGAAAUGGUGUGUUGCCUAGGUCACAGCAUCAAACUCCUCUAGUGCUUUCCUUCCAUAUGUGAUUUUGCUUAAGCUGCAGUUAUGGUGACAUUUAAGGCCUUUUGUAUUGAUUGCUGAAAUGUUUGACACGACGGAUCUUUGUAAAUGGAUCCUUUUUCUAAAUAGGAAGUGGUGUUUUUGGUAGAAAUUUCAUACUUGAACAGCUUUUCCACAAAUACGGCGAGGCCCUGGGUACAAAGUAGCAGAUACACAUGCUUAACCAAAGAACCACCUUUCAGUUUCUAGUAACUUUUGAAUUUAUUUCAGAAUUUGAUUGAUAAUGAGUUAUACAAAAUACAGGCAUGCCUUGCAUUUAUUGUUGACAGUAAUGCAACUGUUGGAACAAAAAUCUGUUCUUAUCUAGGGAUAAGGAUAUUUAAGAUUUGUGUACAGACAGCUCUCGAUAAGGUAAAUGUUUGUUUUACUCGAGCUGCAGAUGUGCUGAUAGAUUUGGAAGGCUCUUAAUUUCAUGACAUUGCAUGUAUUUUUACAUUGUUUCUAAAAAUGCAUUGCCAUAGCAAGUGUUUGGAAAGUACUCUGAUGCUUACGAAGCAAGAAAGUCCUGCUCUAGGCUUGCAAUAAACAGGCUGCCUAUUAAGACACAAAUAGCCUACUUAUCAGAUUCUCAAACUUAACUGCUGCACUUUUACAAAUGAAACUGUAUGCUUAAAUGGGGGGGUUAGAAUAUGCUGGUUUUAUACUUGCAAACUUGCAGGAAUGUGUUUGGAGGUCAGACUCAGGCUUAAUUUAGUGUUUUGACUCAAGUUCAUUGAUACAUGGAAGUGUCGUAUUUAAUUUUUUAAAUUCUGAAAGACCUACGCAUCAAUUCUAAUUAAUUGAAUAGGAAGGGUGUAUUGUUUGAAUUAAGUAACUAUCCUGUGUUUUUAUAUCCUUGAUUUGGUGGCUUACAAAAUCUUUAAUGAAACACCCUUUCAGAGCUGUUGCUGGCUGGGGUGGAGGAUGACAAAGAAGCUGAGGCUGUCCCUAAGUAUUCCUGCAACAUUCUAACAUGCUUGAAUGAGACCAUAGUGAUACUUGGGAAAAUUCUUUAUUGUAUGACUUUUUUUUAGGUCACAGUUUUGCACUGAAAUGUUGUGUUCUUACUAUAGGUUCUUGUAGACAGUAUUUAAAAAAAAUUGCUAGAAAGACAGACGCAUCAUAAAUGUAUUUCCAGUUUUCCAUUGCUCUUUGCUCACUGCUCAAGACAUUUCUGUUUUCCACACUGGUUAUCCCAGUUAUUUCUGAGACAAUCUUUCAGAUUCCUAUGGUACUCAACAUAGUCAUUUUAAAGAGUCAUUAUAAAGCAUUAUUCUGUUUUUGUUUUCUUCUUCUCCCUCCCCCCUCACCUGACCUCCUUAGAUCAAAGAAGGUUCUCUGCUGUGAAGAUUAAAAUUAUAUUUCAGACAGUUAUCUUCAAUGAUGGCAAAUUGGUAAAUCAGCUGAGAAGAUAUGUUGCUAUUUUGAAAUGUUCCUUUCCCAACAUGAAGAGGAAACAUUUUGUAUAGAGAAUUCCUAUCUGAUGUAGUCUUUAGUUAGUUUGCCCUCCUUUGAAAUGAGGCUUCGUAUUGAUACUUACUGUUCCGAAUUCAGCUAAGACUUGCCAUGAAGAACCACCUAUAAUCUCAGGAAAUGUAGCUCAAGGAGCUCAUGCUGUGUGCCAUGCCUGAUUGAGGAACCAGUUGGGUGGUACAGUAACAGUUUACUGCCAGAAAGAAAAGAAGAAACAAAACCUCCAGUAAUACCUUCUUACAAUAUGAAAUAUUCACUUAAUUUCACGAUGUUUAAAAAAAAAAACAAAACCAAAAACAAACAAAACCAAAAAGCAGAACAAAGAAAGCGCCACCUUAUGAAAAAGUGUACCUUGAUUAUUUAGGGUUUGUCUUUAGCAUCUAAUUACCAGUAUAAAUAGAAGAACUUGUCCUUGCAUAUUUAACAACAUAUAUAAUUUUUUGAGAAGACUCGGCCUCUUUAAGAACAGUUUAGUUUAGAUCAAUCUCACAUUAUUACGAAAAUAAUCAAACUGGUCAUUUUGACUUCUCGUCAUUGUAAUGUACCGGUUUCUGGUUCUAUUGCCUCAUCUGCAAAAGCAAGCAGCAGCUUUGUGGGAUAAGCUUUUGGAUGGCUUGUGAGUUAAAAAAAAAAAAAAAAGGAGAGAGGGAGAACUCCUCACAUACCCUUUUCUGUAGUGGCAUUAAACUACAGUUUUCUUAGGAGAGACCAUCUUUUUCAUAAUGCUUAUAAGUAAGAAGUUGAUGGCCUUCAGCUUUACUGUAACAGUCAUUCCAGGAGCAGGUAUUUACUUGUAUUUAGUAUAUUUAGUAUUCAAUUUGAAGAAAAACAAUUUAGAAUUCAGAAGCGAAUGCUUAUAGUUAAACGAAGACAGUGUGGGCUCAUGGUACUGUAAAAUACAAAAACACAACCCUGCUGGUGUUUAUUAUUCUCUUCUAGCAAAUCAGGCUUGUUGCAGGUAAGUGUCAUGCCAAAGGGCUAGUGGUAACUGUUUCUUGCAGUAAGUGAGCCCUUCUUCCCCUUGCUGUACUGUAGCUGAACAUUACUGUGCUGGGGCAGAGCUAGCAGAAGUGAACGUGUGCCAGUUUUACAGCCCAACAGGUUAACUUCAGCUCACUGUAAAUACUGGCUUGAUGGAACACAUGAAGCACCAAAGUGCAGCGGGCAAGAAUCUGGCACACAUUCAUUUUGCCAGCCUUACUACAAUCUGGUGACUUCCAGCACAAAUGCACCGUGGCCAGUUGGGAGCAGUAAUGACUUAAUUUGAACGACUGCUUUUUUAAAGAAAAAAAGUUGUACAUUCUAGUCAUACAUAAAAUAUACACUUUUCAGAAAUUAAGUUGAUACGUAUCUAAUAAUGGAGACAACAGUCUGGGUUUUCCAUGUGCAGUGGUAUGUAUUUGCAGCUCAUCUAGGGUACGUUUAAGCUUGUCUGGUUUCAAGAACUGUGUGGCUUCUCUUCAAGACUUUGGGAAGAAAGAUAAGUGGAUUUUGUCAGUGAUUAGGAAAUGUUUAAUCUGUUUAAUUAAACAAAAUAGGAAAAAUACUGUGUAGGGAAAACUGGAUGCUGUCUCCAGUAUUAUACAUUGUGGGUAUCAGUGUAACUUCUGAAAUAGGUGUAUGGCUGUAACGUUAAACACUUUCUCAGAAGGCCUGAAAGUACAAAACUGGGUAAAAUUCUUCCCCGGUAAAGAGCAGCAGCAGAAUCGCUAUGUUGCUGAUCCAUAGUACUGGUGACAGAAUAAAGCAGAGUGCUGCCUUUCCUACAGACCUAAUAUACUAAGGAUGGGAAAAUACCAUUAUUCUCCUGAGGUCCUAUAGCUUUGCGUUAGUGGUAGAAGAUGCUCCUACAGUGGCCUUGAUUCAAACACUGUGUUUAUAUUGUAUUGGCCCAAGUUUGCCACUGCAGAUAAUGCCACCUUUAUGGACGCUACCCCUGGAAACAGCUACAACUUCCUUCAGAAGUGCUGAGAGCUGUUGGCAUUAGAGUUAGUAUUCAUAAUUUUUAAUAAUGAAGGUAGCAUUCUUUUAGAGAUGCAGUUGUUUGCCUUGAAGCUUGCAAUUUUACAAGAGAAAAUUGAUUUCCCAGUUAAAUAAUCUUUACCGAGUGACAGCUGGCAUCUCUUAAAUCCAUGGAUGCAUCGUCUUUAUGAACUCUGUCUUGGCUUGUAUUUCAAAGGGUUUCUUACUGUUUCUCACACUUUUUGGUGAAGCAUAUUUUGGCAAUUCCCUUCUUAUUUCUAUUUCUACAAAACUAGAAUUGCCUAAAACUUAAACGUUAGGGAGGCUUGAUCUUCAACUUGAACUGUUUAUCUGUUACUUAAUAAAAUACCUUAAUGCGUUAUAGUAAAAUUCUCCAAAAAUGCUUUUAAGUGAUAAAAUUGGAAAUUAAAAAAAAAAAAAAAAAAAAAAAUCAGCGUGGAAAAUGAACUUGGUAUUUUGAAACCAGAAAAAAUGCCAGAAAUGAUUAGCAUAUUCAGGGAUUCUACAUUGGGCUUGUAAAUGUAUACGUUGAUAUGCAGCAUUAUAUAAAUAUGAGCAGUGUCUGUCCUAUUCAGACUUAAAAUGAAAUUUUGUCCUAUCUUUUUUUAAGAUACCGGAGAACAAAAUAGUGCCUGUAUAUAGUGAAAACAUUUUCUAGAAUUCAUGUUUACUUGAUAAAGGUUGGGGAAGAGCCAAGUAAAUACUGGUAGGGUGGGUAGAACUGUUUUGUUGUAGUUAAUAUAAAGUUGUGAAAACCUGUUCUUCCAUCUGGUAAAACAUUGCUAAGAAAUUGCUGUUCCUGGAAGUAUUUGCACAUACCUACUAAAGAGCUGCCAAAACUAAUAGGUCAGGAAUUAUGUCUUCAAUUCCUCAGUCUCUUUAACCUCUUCCACACCUUGUCUGUACCUUGUUUUGAGUCUGGGUUAGUAUAUGAGAGUUUUGCUUCAUCCUCUUCUGAGAUUGAUCCAGGACCUGAAGGGCUUGGCUUGAAUGUUCAUACUGAAAAUAGUAGUUUCAAUUCAGGAAGGAAUUGCUAAUUGGCAAGUAAACGCAUCCUCGAUGCGCUCUGCAGGUGGACGGACCUGGACGAUCGUCAUUCCUGUUGCACUGAAUUAGAGAUUAUUCUCUGAAUAUAGCACUGUGUGGCGAUACCAAAGCUAGGUUUGAGUUAGAAGCAGGGCAGGUUUGCUUGCAGCAGGAUGCAUCUGCAAGCUAAUAAAGGCAGAGGGGGAGUGCUCUAGCAUCCAUGUAUGUAUCUGAAGAUUUUUCAGCAUGAUGGUUUUGAAACAAAAAUGUUGAUUUCUUUUCCUAGCCUCGCGUUUUGCCACUUGACUGUUGUAUACAGUGAUCCAAUAAGGAUCUAAAGCUGAAUUAACUUUUCAUGGUAUUGCUGUAAAUUAAAUGUAAAGAGGCAUCACAAAGCUAAAAAGCAGACACAGAAGAGAAGUUCAUUAAGCUUAAAAACUGAGAUCCAGGCCAUAAGGUUGGAAAAACAAAAUUCACAUUUGUGGCCUCCUUUCUGCUAGUCUCAACCUAAAACUGAAGCUUUUUCAAGAAGUAUCAGUAAAAAAUAUUUUUGUGUUGUUUAUAACUUAUGGGCCAUGUAGAUCAGUGUUCUCAGUUCCCAGUGCCAUCACUGGUAUAUUCUGCAAGCAUACAAUUUGUUCAGAUUUUUACCUUAAAAGCAAAUUUUCUAUGCCUUAGUGAUGGUUGGAAACCAACUUUUUGUACUAAUAGUUAGGUCUUCACCUAUAUAUUUAUAUAUAUGUUAAUUAGUGUUUGAUGUUUUGGUUGGAAGAGGAGGGAAGGUUUUUUUUUUCUCCCCUUUGGUAAAUUUCACCAAUCCAAACCCAAAAAAACUUUUGACAUCAGGCCCUCAGAGUGGCUAGACCCUGCUCAAACCUAACAGCAGAUCUUCGGCAUCGCAGAGUGCGGGUUGUUCUGAAACGUGCAUUCCUAUCCAGAACCUGUGGGGAUUUGGAGCAAUAACGUCUGUUGUCUGUUGAUGCAAAUUUUGUCUGUAAGUGUAUGAUACAACUUCAGAAUGGGACUGUGUUCAAAACUAAUGUUACCAUCAUUGGUUCUGGGACAGUACCAGGUUUUGCAUGUAUGAUAUUGAAAACCUAACCCCUGUGUCCAUCUGUGGCAGAACAAAAUGUGUGAGUUCAGAUUGAGAAGUACUUGUGUAGACUGCAGAAGUAUUUAAACUAAAUACUGUGGACUUUAUGCACCAGUCCUCUUCCUAAUAAAAAAGUUUUUUGUAGCAGGUUUAAGAAGCUUUUAACUUAAUACUGUAUUCACACUGCAGUCCUUUGUAAGCACAGAAUGGUUAAUAUAUUUUGAAAUAAAAUGCUGUUAAUGUAAAGAAAA